UGCGUUCACUAUUGAGCGAAGCUUCCAGAGGCUGGUGUCAUCUUUGGUUGGAACACUGUUCUGAGAUCUUCACCUUCCUCAGGCUCCUGGGCACCAUGCCUUAUUUCAAGCAGCCUAAGCACUUCCAGACUCUAACAGUUGUGCAGUGGCCCUUGAGCUACAUUGUCUUGUUUUGGAUCUUGCAGCCAUUGUUCCUUUACCUGCUGCUUACAUCCCUGUGGCUGAUACCAGCCCUUUACUUUAUCUGGCUUUUCCUGGACUGGAAGACCCCAGAACGAGGUGGCAGGCGUUCGGCCUGGGUAAGGAACUGGUGUAUUUGGACCCACUUCAGGGACUAUUUCCCCAUUACAAUGCUGAAGACUAAAGACCUGUCACCUAAGCACAACUACCUCAUGGGUGUUCACCCCCAUGGCGUCUUGACCUUUGGCGCCUUCUGCAACUUCUGCACUGAGGCCACAGGCUUCUCGAAGAUCUUUCCAGGCAUCACUCCCCACUUGGCCACACUGUCCUGGUUCUUCAAGAUCCCCCUUAUUAGAGACUACAUCAUGGCCAAAGGUGUGUGCUCUGUGAGUCAGUCAGCUAUUGAUCACCUGCUGAGCCACGGCACUGGCAACCUCGUGGGCAUUGUAGUGGGAGGGGUGGGAGAGGCCCUGCAAAGUGUGCCCAACACCACCACCCUCAUCCUCCAGAAGCGCAAGGGGUUUGUGCGCACAGCGCUCCAGCAUGGGGCUCAUCUGGUUCCCACCUUCAGUUUUGGAGAAACCGAGAUCUUUGAUCAGGUGCUGUUCCAUAAAGACAGCAGGAUGCAUAAGUUCCAGAACUGCUUCCGCCGUAUCUUUGGUUUCUAUUUUUGCAUGAUCUAUGGUCGAGGCUUCCGCCAAGGCUCCACUGGGAUCCUGCCAUACCCAUUGCCUAUCAUCACUGUAGUUGGGGAGCCUCUGCCAGUGCCCAAAAUUGAAAAUCCAAGCCAGGAGAUGGUGGACAAAUACCAUGCACUCUAUGUGGAUGCCCUGCACAAACUGUUUGAGCAGCAUAAAACUCAGUAUGGCUACUCAGAGACCCAAAAGCUGCUUUUCCUGUGACUGAAGUGGCUGCAUGCCCAAGAGCACAUGCCUUUACUGCUAACCAAAAAGGGGGAGAAGGGGGAUUGAGGGAGGGCUAGGUAUGUCAGGGGAGGGCAUUAGGAAUUGCUUCCUUGCUACAGAGCCCUUGCAGUUGCUGGCCCCGAGGAGCUUCACCCAGUCAUUCCUCAGAUGGGGCAUUCUCAGUCCUCUCAAGCCCAGCCAAUUGCAUGCUCCCUGCCCCACCCAGGUCCUGAAGGACUCCAGUGAUAGCCAGGCAGCCUGAGCAGCCCCCUCUCUGGUUGUUGUCUUAAUGCAUUUUUAAAUUGAGAUAUAUUUUGCAUACCAUAAAUUUAGCACAUUUAAAGUGUAAAAUUCAGUUGUAUUUAGUAUAUUGCACAACCACGACCAUUAUCUAACUUUAGAACAUUUUUCAGCACCCCUCGAAAGAAACCCAGUACACAUUAGCAGUCACUCCCCAUUCCCCCAUCUCCCCCAACCCCUCCACGUUGUAGCAUGUAUCAGUACUUCAUUCUUUUUCUGGAUGAAUAAUAUUUCAUUGUAUGUAUGCACCACAUUCUUUAUCCAUCCACCAGUUGAUGGACUUCUGGGUGGUUUUCACUUUUUGGCUAUUGUGAAUAAUCCUGCUAUAAACAUUCAUGUGCAA